CAAGGUCGUGCUCGCAGCAAGUGGCAUGGCAACAACAGCGCUGUCCAACACCGCACGAUUUCUACUCGAGAAAAUAAUGGUGUGCUGAUAUAUUGUGAUUAAACCCCGAUUUCUGUCGUCCCUAAGUGCCGUACGAGAAUGUUUUGAACCAGCUGCGGUUGAGAAAGUUUCUCGCCAACGAUAAGAACCGAAAAGUGUGUAAAAAGCACCAAAAUUCGAACCUCAAGCCAACCAUUUUUUUAACCAGUGUGUCGUAGUGUCCAUCGUGUGCGUUGGUGGUGGUGCGUGUGUGCGUGCAUGUGCGUCGGUGUGUGUAUCAGUGUUCGUUCGUCGAAUCGCGAAAUCGAGAAUAUAGAAAAGAAAGAUGUGUUCCAUUCGCUGGUGGUGGUGAGUGGUGAGCUAUAGCUGCUAUAUAGCGAAUUGUCGAGCGAGUAGUCCCCGCAACCCACAAAUCCAGUGUUGUUUGGUCCACCCCUCCAGCAUCCGCAUCGCAGGAAUUUAUACCCAUUAAAAACCCCUACAAGAGCCACAAAAAUGCAACCCUCCCCGCUGCACUACUCCACGAUGCGACCACAGGCGCCAGGAUCGCUGGUCGAUCCCAACGAAGAACAGCUGCGCCUGGCGCCUUGGUACUGGGGCCGGAUAUCGCGGGAGGUGGCCAAGAGCAUCCUGCACGGAAAACCGGACGGCAGCUUCCUGGUGCGGGACGCACUCUCCAAAAAGGGCGAAUAUACUUUGACCCUGAUGAAGGACGGCAGCGAAAAGCUGAUCAAGAUCUGUCACAUGGAUCGCAUGUACGGGUUCAUCGAGAAGAAGCUCUUCAACUCGGUGGUGGAGAUGAUCAACUAUUACAAGGAGAACUCACUAAGCAUGUACAACAAGGCGCUGGACAUCACGUUAAGCAAUCCCAUAGUGCGAACCUGCGAGGACGAGGAAUCCCAGCCGCACGGGGAUCUCUGCCUGCUGAGCAACGACUUCAUUCGCACAUGCCAUCUGCUCCAGAACAUCGAGCAGAAUCUCGAGCAGAAGCGGAACUCCUUCAAUGCGAUUCGGGAGGAGUUGCAGGAGAAGAAGCUGCACCAGAGUGUCUUUGGCAAUGCGGAGAAGAUAUUCCGCAAUCAGAUCAAGCUCAAUGAAUCCUUCAUAAAGGCGCCGGCGGAUGGGCCGUCCACGGAGGUUGGAGGACCCGGAGACGCGUGCCCCGGAGGAGCCGCAUCCGCUGCGGCGAAUGCUAACACCCGUCGAAGUCUGCAAGACAACAAACAGAGCCUUCUCAACUUGCUCGAAGUGCUUCAGGCCAAAGGACGGGUCCUAAACCAGUACAUGGAAAACAAGAAGAAGGAGGAACUGCUGCUUGAGCGGCAGAUCAACGCCCUUAAGCCGGAACUCCAAGUACUGCAAUUGCGCAAGGACAAGUACAUAGAACGCCUGAAAGGCUUUAACAUCAAGGACGACGAUCUAAAGACGAUCCUAGAGAUGGGCUUCGACAAGUGGCUGCAGCACUACGAAACGGUGUCAAAUCAGCCCCACAGCAACGAAGCCCUCUGGCUGCUGAAGGAAGCCAAGCGCCAGGAUGCGGAGGAGCUGCUGAUAGGAUCGCCACCGGGCACGUUCCUGAUUCGGGCGAGAGAUGCGGGCCACUAUGCUCUGUCGAUUGCCUGCAAGAACACCGUGCAGCAUUGUAUUAUUUACGAGACGGAGAGCGGCUUCGGGUUUGCCGCCCCCUACAACAUAUAUCCCACGCUCAAGAAGCUGGUGGAGCACUAUGCCAACAAUUCGCUGGAGGAGCACAACGACACGCUGACCACGACGUUGCGCUGGCCCGUUUUGUACUGGCAGCAAAAUCCGCAGCAGAUCUUGACCCAGUUGCAGGAGGAGAUGGAUCUUGAGUAUGAGCAGGCGGCCACGCUUAGGCAGCCGCCGAUGGUGGGCAGCAGUGCUCCCAUCCCGACGGGUCGGUCCCGGGACCACGACCAGGUGGACGGAUUGGGAAGUCACGACACGGAGACGCCUCCCGCAUCUAUUUCGCCCUCAAACUUCAGCACUUCGCAGUAGGAGUCCCCAACCUCAGGCUAGCUAUUUAUCCCUCUAAAUCUAGCUCGCUCCAAAGCCCUAACUCUCUCUAUCUCUAGAUAUAAAUGCGGUUGUUGUCCAAAUAAUAGCACUUCAGGCGCUGUCGCAAGGCUGUAACUUGUUAUAAGAAUGCCUUAAAAGUCAAGCAAUUUCGUUUUGGGUUCAAAACUAAUCGUAGAGCACAGCUAUUUUUCGAAAGAAGCCUUUUUAUAUAGUUGAAAAUGUAUUCAAAUUAGAUAUUUAACAAGCCCAACUGCCAAGAUAAUAUUAUUUACUGAAAAAAGGGUUCCCUGUCACAAAGUGUUUUCCUUACCUCAGCUGUUUCAGCUGUUUCAGCUAUUCGAGUUUCCAUAUUAAGCGGUGAGAGUUGAAUUAAAACGAAUUACUUUGCGUUACUCUUGCAGUGCUGUUAUUUCGGCCAUCGCCGAGUGUGUAAAAUGGCAUAUAUAGGCUAUAUAUGCAAUAUAUCUGUGUAUGAUUAUUUUUUGUGUGUGAUGGAUGGCGCUGGCAGUCCAACUGUCCCCCCGCCUUCCCUUCGGAAUCAGAAGGCUCUAAAAACAGAAAAAGUAACACAAACGAGUAAACAUAUUUGGUGAUCAUGUUUGAUGGCUUGCUAAAAGCUUUUGGUCUAAGAACGAAAUUUUCUAAUUGAGAAAGUAAUCUUAUUAAUAUUACAAGUAUGAUUAAUUUUAUAUACAUACAUAUAUAUUUUUUUCUAAUACUGCAUUUCGCUUGAUAAUUGAUAAGUUAAGCUAUCUGUUGUUGUAUCACCUCCCUCUCCUGUUUCCCUUAUAAUUAUUGUUAUCACGCUGCGCGUUGUCAAAAGGGGCGGGGUAGGAGAUCGUGAAGAAAUGUUCUGCAUUUCUUCAUCACAUUUAUUCGUGCUCAUGUAAAUAUUUUAAAAACGAAACAAAGGAACAGGUUAAGGUUUUGACAACCGACUACCGCAACCCCUUGCGCCCCACCCCUUGCUCUAAUAUUUGUUGUUAUAUUAUGAUUGAUUUGAAGUAGUUCUAAGGAAAUCUACAUACGUACUCGAUGUGAUCAGUUGAGUGUUGCUAAAUUAGUAAUUUCCCAUGUAUUGUUUUUUUUGUCAAUAAGAAAGCCUUUAUUUUCAUUAAAUCACAACCACACACAAAAAACACACACACACCGAGUUGAAGCAAAAAAUAAAUGUACAAAGAAAAGAAAUGAAUCCAAGAAAAAACAAAAGCAACAAGCAAAACAAAAACAAAGUGCAAUCGAAAAUGUAAUUAUAAAAUUUUUAACAUUUGUUAAUAUAUACAAGGAAUGGAACAGGAAAAAGACAAAUGGUUGCCCAUAUAACAAACCGCUGCAAUAGGCAAAAAUGCUGAUUAAGCUUUCUUUUUACACAACUGAUAUUUAGCAUAUAGAAAGGAAUGCCAGUUUAACCCACCUGCUGGGAUUUAUUUUAAAAAUACUCUUUCCCAACGAAAUAUAGUUUAGAAACUUCAAUGAACUUAGUUCUUCUAACUUGUCUACAUUAAGCAGCAGCUGCAUCAUAGCUACGUCAAAUAUUCGCUUAAAUUUCAAACUGCGUUUUGGGAAAGGGUACUUUUUGCGUUCCCUUGUUCUCCUGUGCCACCCUAAUGUUCUAAGCCAGUUGGAAACUUUUCAAUCUUCCUGUUUGCAUUCUCCCCAAAUCGGUAUUGAAAUUGAGCUGUCCACUAAAAAGCACACACAAACACUGGCGCGUUUUUCAGAUAUUUCUAUAUAUAUACAUAUAUAACCAUUAGUCUAUACUUUACCUUUAAUUCUUAAUUUAAUUUAUUUAAAUCGUAACUUGUGUGUUUCAUUUUGCUUAAAUUCUAUGAGAUUUUGGCGGAUCUCGUACGUUGUAGUAUUUAUAAGUUUUAAAUUUAGUUUGUAAAAGGCGUUUCAAACAAAACAUAACACACAUAAAAAAAUAACAAAAAAUAAGAACAAAAAAAAUAAACAAGUAGCAGUGAAGGAUUAAGUGUAUUCAAAAUAUGAUUGAUCGAAAUCAAUUAUAAUUGAAACCUGGUAGACGAUGACUUUUUGCCAUACCUAAAUGUUAAAUUGGAAAUAUUUGUGUGUGAAUUUUCUUAUCUCUGCUUCGCGUCUGCAUUUUUUGGCGCAGACCGGAACAAGAAGACUUAAAAAUGAAAACAAUGGAAGGCGACGAAACUAAAUGUGAAACGAAUUGCAAAUUUGUUGUAUUUUUUUAUAUGAAUAUAUAUAAAGAUAUUUACCCAUACAUACUUAUUAAAUAUGUGUGCUCUAGAAUGCUAUAUGUUGUAGAUAUUUAAGCGCUAACAGCAACCACAACUGAAACAACAGCAACAACCAUUUUUUUGUAGUAGUUUUUUAAAGAGACGAAAAAAUCGAUGAAAACAUUGUAUGUAUUUGUAUUUGUGUCUAAAAAAAUGUUCGUAAAUAACAUAAACGAAAAAAUCCAUAAUAAAAUCGAAAGAAAAAACA